AGCUGCUAUCUGGUUUUCAAACCUAGAUCCAGUGGGAUUCAUAGAUGACUACUACAAGAGGCAAGCAUAUGAAGAAACUUAUGCGACACCAAUCGAACCAAUGCCUAGCCCAGAUAAGUGGCCUGACACUGGUCUGAAUCCGAUACAUCCUCCAACAGAGACAAUUUUACCUGGAAGGCCUAAAAAGUCUAGAAACAAAGAGGCAGAUGAACCACCACCUACUACUGCAACAAAGGCUAGGAGAGUUGGCCAAGUUAAUCACUGCAGCAAUUGCAAGCAAACAGGCCAUUCACGAGUAACAUGCAAGAAUGCAACUAUGGAGGUAAUCUUGGUACACGCCUGCAAGGCAAAAAAAGAGAGGAAGACCACCAUCUCAGAAUCCUACUACUGAAACUAUUAAAAGGAAGGAGCGAGCUAAGAGACAGAAGCAAAGGAAUGGUGGUUCCACAUCUCAGACCAACUAAGAAGCUGCUCUUUAAUCUUAAACCCUUUUGAUGUAGAAAACUUGUUUUCUUUUUGGUGUAGUCGCCAUACAAUAUAGGCAUUACCAUACUUUUGACAUGUACAUAUUCAGUCUGACUUUAUCAAUAUUUUGGGACAUCUUGGCCAUUAGGAAUACUUUUGACAUGUAGACAUUAUGCUACUUAACAAUAUGUCAUAUGUUUGCUCUGUAAAGUUGAAAAUAUUAAUCAAUGACAAAAUAUCUGGUUUGGUGCAUCAUUCUAUUAUGCUUGAAAGCAACACUAAAUAAAUACAUUUCUCUUACAUUCAAUGAAGCCAUGAUUUUUUUUUUCAGAGAAGGGUCGAACACUAAAUAAAAUACAUAAUUUUUAUUAUGCUUGAAAGCAACACUAAAUACAAUAAACAGGGAAGUCAAACAUUACAUAAUUUUUUUCAGCCAAUACACAAUUACAAAAAAAAAAAAAACAAUAUCAUCUUCCUCACAUUUCCCUUUACCAACCAGGAACUUGCAUGAACUCUUCCAUCCAAACUCCCAUUCAUAUAGCCACAAUUUUGACAUUGAAAA